CACUAGAAUCCAAUCCAAUCCAUCGAUCUCAAAUUCCCAAACCUCAACACAGUCUGAUCUGUUAGCAGAGUUUUCUCUUCACGAAGAUAGCGACAGCCUUUCGUAAUACGAUGAGCCAGGGACAGCCAAGAAGGCCGGACCAACAGCCGCAGCAGCAAUUUGGUGCAGCGGCAGGGCAGGAGGAACUCGAUCCAAUCAGGUACGGCGACGUUUUCGACGUCUCGGGGGAGCUCGCGUCCAAGCCAAUCGCCCCUGAAGACGCCAACAUGAUGCAGAGCGCCGAGACCAUGGUUUUCGGACAGACCCAGAAGGGCGGUCCGGCCGCCGCGAUGCAAUCCGCCGCGACGUUCAACGAGAGAGCCGGCCUCGUUGCUCACCGCCAGGCCACCGAUGCGGUGAGCACCGAAGGUGUGAUGGUGUCGGAGACCGAUAUCCCGGGCGCCCGGAUAAUAACCGAGAGCGUCGGCGGUCAGGUUUUGGGGCAAUUCGUCCAAACAGCUCCCGUCCACGGUGGCGGUGGAGUUGUGGCGGCGCAGAAUGCAAUUACAAUUGGGGAAGCGCUGGAGGCGACCGGGAGGACUUCUGGAGAUAGGCCGGUGGAUCAGAGCGAUGCUGCCGCGAUUCAGGCGGCGGAGACGAGAGCGACAGGGAGUAGUGUUACGGUUCCCGGCGGGCUUGCUGCGACGGCACAGUCGGCGGCGACGCAUAAUGCUGCGACGGACAGGGACGAGGAGAAAAUCAAGCUCAAUGAUGUGCUCUGGGAUGCAGCGGGGAAGUUGCCGGCGGAUAAAGUGGUGACGAGGGAGGACGCGGAAGGAGUGAUGAGUGCGGAGAUGAGGAACAACCCGACGCUGUCGACGAAUCCGGCUGGAGUAGCUGCUUCCAUGGUUGCUGCUGCCAGCCUGAAUGAGGAUGUUGUUCCAUAGAAGGAAGUUUUCUAGUCAAGAUGUAGUUGUGUGUAUUGAGUUUUUACUUCCGUGUGUAAUGUGUAAUCUUCUUUCUGAUGGGGUUUUUGCGUCGUGUAUAUAUAGCUUUCUUGAUGACAAUAACAUGCUAGUUUUCGAGGCCGCAGCUGUGGUCUAUAAACCAAAAGCUGAAGAUUUACAUUAGCAGAGAUGAAAACUACUACAAUGGCAAACAAGCAGCUCAAACGAACGAUCUAGAGGACUAGUGAGAGCAAUGUAGAAAUUGUGCAACACGAGGAUCUAAGUGGAGAGAUUAACCAUAUACACACGAAAUCCUUCUGGCAUUAUUAUUCAACAGAAACAACAAAAGACAAACGUUCACAAGGCCAUCAGGGCCAAAUAAAACUGAAAGAAACUA